AUGACCGAUAUAAGCAAGAUAGGUGUAACCUUGUCUGAGUCAUCAGACUGGUAUCUCUGGAUUGGUCAAAUUAAGUCUUAUGCUAUUGCAAAAGGCGUAUGGGACUAUAUUGACCCCGACAAUCCAAUAAAGAGGGAUAUUCCUUCUUAUCCUAUUCGUCCUAGGGCUACUGAUAUUAACCCUAAAGCCCUUACCGAUGAAGACCUGACCACAAACGAGCGUGAAAGGUGGAGAGACAGACGAAGAGAUUAUGAACUUGACCUUCGCGAAUAUGACCGUAUUUCGGGUGCUAUCUCUCAGAUCUACCUUAUCAUUCAAUCAUCGAUUUCCUAUUCAAGCAAGCUUAUUAUUCAGCACCUACCGUCAGUUUAUGAAGCCUUGCAAACCCUCCAAAAGCGUUAUGCACCGACCACUGAAGCCCGAAAGCGGUCGGUCAUCAAGAAAUACCAUCAAAUGCACCGAAUUCCACACUCUUUGACCAUAGAUGCAUGGAUUUCACAAUGCGAGAACACUUAUGUGGAGGCUGUCCAAUUGGGUAUUGGUGAAGUCCAAUCAAAGACUAGACCACUUUUGGACUUCCUUGAUGGUCUAGCCUCUAUGUCUCCCUCCUUCGCCGAAUACUGGCAUAAUGAGAUCAAUCGGCUUGAAUCUAUAGGCCAAAUAGACUCUAUUGACUUCUUUACCUUGACAAAGAAGUAUAGGGAUUCUAUUAGGCUUAUUCCGCCUAAACGAGCCUCUUAUGUCAAUGCCACUUUUCGAGGACAAUCAGAAAAGGGCCAGGGCAAGAAGACUAAAAAGCCCUGUCCAUGUCAAGGGGGCGCCUAUGAUGGUUACCACACAUUCAGUGAUUGUCCUUAUAUCAACCCUUCAAUAAGGACAGAAGGUUGGAAACCAGACCAAACAGUCCUUGACCGCUUUAAACAAGCAUGCACCCAUUCAGGCUUUAAACAAGCCUACGACAAUGCUAUCAAGAAGCAUAAGCAGGGCCAGUCCGACACCCAUAUGGGUAUGGUCACUUGCCUAGCUUCUAAGUAUGAACGGUCUAAUUUGUGGGCAUAUGACUCGGCCGCAGACACCCAUGUUUGCAAUGAUCGUUCUCAAUUCGUCACCUUUGCGCUCUAUGAAGGAGACCUUCUAAUCGGUGACACAAAGGCUUCCAUAAAAGGAAAAGGCUUAGUCUAUCUUCGCUUCGAAAACACCACUUUCGACCUCUAUGAAACCCUAUAUGUCCCUCGCUUCCAUUUGAAUAUCCUUUCAGCAAAAAGGGCCAAGAAAGGGGGUGUUUACCACAAUCAAAGGCUUGAUAGGCUUGAGACAAAAAAUGGGACGCCUAUCUGCAAGACUUCGGAUAAAACAGGUAUUACCCUCAUUUUAAGGGCAAAAAAUGAGUUGAUGCAAAAGGGGCGCGGCUCCCCCGGCUCCCCCUCGCUCCAUCUACAAACGGCUUUGAAUACGACUACAAAGCCUAUUCAACCCAUUGAGGGGGAAUCCGACCCGAAAAACGACACUUGCGAGCCUAAUCCGAAGCCUAAGGACGAGCCUAUGACAUUUGCAUCAUCCUAUGAUCCGGCUAUCCUCAAAGGCUCAGACAGCCUAUGGCACCAGCGUCUAGGUCAUCCUAGCAUCGACGCAAUCAAGCAUUUAGAAGCCUCUACCACAGGGGUGGAGGUAGACCAUUUUUCGGCCGAAAACCCACCUUGCGAGACAUGCCUAGUCUCUAAGGCUCAAAGACAGGUGUCUAGACGUCCUAUGCAUAUUGGAGACCACCCGUUCGAAACAAUGCAUUGGGACCUUAUUCAUUUGGGUCCUGGAAUCAACAAUAUCCACUAUGCAAGCCAUGUGUAUUGUCCAGUGACGAAAUACCACCUAUUAGUCACUAUUGCAAGAAAACACCUGAUCCAAUCAUCAUUGCAGCAAAUGAUUGAUUUUGUCCUUACCCAAUUCGGCAUCCGCAUCAAACGCAUCCACCUAGACGGGGACCGCAAUAUCCACCAGGAUAGGUUUCGGACUCAAGGAAUUGAGGUCAAAACCUCACCGCCCUAUCAACCAGAGCAAAACCCUUUUGCAGAAAGGUCUGGUGCAGUCAUUAUCUCUAGGGCUAGGGCUAUGAUCAUUCAGGCAUCCUUACCUGAAUAUUUAUGGCCUGAAGCAGUCCAAGCCGCGGUCUAUGUGCUUAAUCGAACCCCAAAUAAAAAACUAGGGUGGAAGACACCCUACCAGGCCUUAUUUGAAAGCCUAGACCCUAAACCAGGCUAUAUGAAGUCAAAGCCUGAUUUGUCGAAUCUACGGGUCUAUGGCUGCAAAGCCUUUGUGAGGAUCAAUAAUAUCCCUCGUCUCGCAAAGAUGAAGCCUAGAGCAAUGAUAGGCUACCUUGUCGGCUUCAAAGCAUCCAAUAUAUGGAGAAUAUGGGUGCCUAAGGCCCAUAAGGUUCUUAAUGCAAGAGACUGUGUGUUUGAUGAGAAUAGUUUCUAUCAACCAAAUUCGGCAUACGAUGUGAUAGACGACCAAUCCAAAGAAGCUAUCCAGCCUUUAUCAACACACGAAUUCAACCUAGUCAUUUCCGAGACUAGCAUUGAAGAGCCUCUCGAUGAUCCUUUGACGAUACGGCCUUUACCGGACGAACCAGAACUAUCGUCCGAUGACGACAUUGAAGAACUAUUGUCCAAUGACGAUAUUGAAAAACCUAAAAAUAGGGAGCAUGACUACGAAGACCAAAUCCUCGGCGACCUACCGCCUUCCCCAGACGAAUCAGAAGAAGAGAAGAAGAAGAAGUGA